AUGCCAAUCUACACAAGAGAACCACUGAAGCUUGAACCCCCAUCUCUUGAAUCCGAUGAAAGCCAGCCAUCUACUCCGAUUGAGGAUGAGAUAGUAUGGACGUUGGGCCCUCUCACCUCUAUCUUCCCGGGCACGCUUCCUCGAUCCCUGGAGAAUGAAUCAGUCGGGAACGGCGCAACAACGAUAGACGAAGAGACUUUGGAGCAAACUGUUCUUCGCAUAAUCAGAGACCCUAACAAUAGGGGGGUCCGGCGGGCGGUAAUAGCAGAUUUGAUAGCGGAUGACCGCUCCAGUACAGCGAGCCUCUCACCGGAGCAGAGCGAAACUUCUCUGCAGACCAUGCUAGAGUCGGAGGAGGAGAUGCAACAAGAACGGUAUGAGUGGCCGAUACAAGCCCCGCUAUACCGAGCCGAAUGGUGUACCGACGAUGACGCGGCGUUGAAAUGGUUGUGGCGAAGAGAUUACGAGCGAGGCGAGGUGGAACACCCCGAGCCUCACUGCUGGCUCGUCGUUCCUACACGAAUGAAGAUCGAUGACUUGAAAGGUGAUCGACUUCAGCGUGACAAGCAGCAAAAGAUCAGGCACGGUCAUCUUUGGCUGACCGAUCACCUGGAAAAAGUGGAACACCAGGAAAAGAGGAACUGCGGUUGCUCCCAGCAAUGGGUGCCUUACCUAGAACUGAAGAUGCUCACAAGGCUGGAUAUCCUGUGCUCCAUUCAAAUCGAGGAGGUGGUAAAGAGGGUUGUGACUUGUUUCUACGACAAUGGUGCCACAAGAUUCCCAGAUUUUAUCGGAGAGUUUCCCACUUGUAACGAGCUACAGACAGCAUAG